AUGCUAGCUUGUAAAGCGUGGGCUGUGAUAUUAAGUGCACUGUUCCAUAUAGUGAAUGUGAAAUGUGAGCCAAAGGAAGUAUUAAAAAUUGGUGGAAUACUUGAAGAAAAUAGUGCAGACUUGGAACAUGUAUUUCGAUUGGCUGCAGCCGAUAUCAAUGCUGACAAAACAUUAUUACCUAGGCAUAAAGUUCGUGCACAGAUUGAAAAGUUUCCAUAUGGAGAUGACUUAGCUGCUUCUAUGGGUGUUUGUAAGUUAAUGAAGGCGGGGGUAGUUGGCGUCUUCGGGCCAGCAAAUCCUAUAACCGGCCAUACUGUGCAGUCUGUAUGUGACCACAUGGAAAUUCCUAAUAUCGUAUCUCGAUGGGAAUUCGGUCAGAAAAGAGCAUCUUACAUGCUAAAUUUGCAUCCGAAAUCGGAGAUAUUGGCGAAGGCUGUUAUGGAUAUUAUAGUCGCUUGGAAAUGGAAAAGUUUUACAAUUCUAUAUGAAUCGGGGUCGUGGCUGCCGAGGAUGGGAGAACUCUUGCAGAUGCACCAUACUGGAGGAUUCACUGUAACAAGUAAAGAGUUAGAUCUUGGCAUUCAAGACAAUUUCCGUCCAAUAUUAACUGUUGUAAAGAAGUCUGGUGAAAAGAACAUUGUGCUAGAUUGUUCAAUAGAGAAGCUUCCAGAAGUUCUGAAACAAGCUCAACAGGUAGGAUUGAUGUCGGAUCAACAUCAAUACAUAAUUACCUCUUUGGAUUUUCAUACCAUAGAUUUGGAGCCAUUUCAACACGGCGGAACAAAUAUAACAGGAUUAAGAAUUGUUGAUCCUGAAGAACCAUUUAUGAAAAAUACUAAAGAAAUGUGGGAAUCGCACGAGAAAAAGAAAGGAAAUGAGCUGCCCGAAGAAUUAGAUCCAUCGCGAAUAUCAUCGAGCGCUGCCCUAUUGUAUGACUCUGUGCGUCUGUACGCCGCUGCGCUUAACGACCUCGACAGCUCUAACCAAGUUUCCGCCAAAGUUAUGGAUUGUGAUAGUGCCUCCGAUAGCUGGGAACAUGGAUAUAGUAUUUUAAACUACAUGAGAACGACCACUUUAGAAGGCUUGAGUAGAACAAUUAAAUUCGACAAUGAGGGCUUUCGAACGGACUUCGAGCUGGACAUCAUAGAAUUAACUUCAUCUGGCAUUAUUAAGGUCGGGGAAUGGAAUUCGACCGAGGGCCUGAACAUCACUCGAGUUUACGAGCCCCCUCAAGCCGCCGUCGGCAGCGCCUCAAUGCAGAAUAUGUCGUUUAUCGUUCUGACCGACGCAAUCGUGAGUACCGAUUUAACUUUCAUACAACGAUAA